GUUCACAUCCUUCAAACCUUAUUUUCAAUUUGAUUUUAAGUAUAUAUAAAUCUUAGCUGAUAAAAUGUUUUGAAAAUUAAGCAUAAGAGUACGGAGGGCAUUGGAAUGUGACAGUGAAAAUGAUUUCGAAACCAACUUGACGCGCGUUAUCCUCCUCGAAGACCAUUGGAAUUGGAAUUGGAAUUUUCAUGAUGUUCAGACUUGUGAAAGACUUACUCCAACCAUAUAAAUAUUUGUGGAGGAUGCAAAUGCCUUCCAUAGUAAUAACCCAUCUUCUUCUGUGAUCAUGGAUACUUUUCUUUCCAAUGUUAAAUUCGUUUUGCUUUGCUUGCUAUGUUGUAUAUGCAUGUUCAACUUUGUUACGUGCAGUUUGAAAGUUCAGUGCAAUGAGAAGGACAUGAACACACUCCUACACUUCAAACAAGGAGUCGUUGAUCCUUCCGGUUUGCUAUCUUCAUGGUUUCCAAAACUAGAUUGUUGUGAGUGGAAAGGAGUCAAGUGUGACAACAUCACAGGCAGAGUCACAGACCUCAAUCUCCCUUGUCCUACUAAUCACCCUACAGUUGUUGUUUAUGGAGAGAUUGAUGACAAAUCACACUGCUUAACAGGUGAACUCAGCUUGUCUUUGUUGGAACUUGAAUUUUUGAGCUACUUGAAUUUGAGUAACAAUGACUUCAAGACUAUCCAAUAUAAUUCAAAGGGUAGCAAGAAAUGUGAUGAUUUGUCAAGAGGUACAUCUUCCCAUAUCUGUGGAAACUCCACCAACCUUCAUUAUCUUGACUUUUCAUAUAAUUAUGAUAUUCGUGUUGACAAUCUCCAUUGGUUUUCCCAUCUUUCCUCAUUGCAAUAUCUUAACCUUAAUGGUGUUUAUCUUCACAAGGAAAUUGAUUGGCUUCAAUCAGUGACCAUGCUCCCUUCACUUCAAAAGUUACACUUGGAGAAUUGUCAACUUGGAAACCUCUAUCCAUCUCUUCAGUACGCUAAUUUUAGUUCGCUUAAAGUUUUGAAGCUUGCUAACAAUAAUUUUAUGUCUAAUCAGUUGCCUAGGUGGUUAUUCAAUCUUAGUAGUGACAUUUCUUAUAUUGACCUUAGCCAAAACCAGAUACAUAGCCAAUUACCCAAAACAUUGCCAAAUUUUAGAAGCAUUAAAGUCUUGAUUUUGUCUGGAAAUUAUCUCAAAGGUCCCCUUCCAGAUUGGCUAGGACAACUUGAACAACUACUGGUACUUGAUCUUUCUGUAAAUUUUUUUUCUGGUCCAAUCCCGUCAAAUCUGGGAAAUAUAUCUUCCUUGCUUGCAUUGAUUCUUAAUUCAAAUAAAUUGAAUGGAAAUAUUCCAGAAAGCCUCGGGCAACUCUCCAACUUGGAGCAAAUUGAAGUCAAUGGUAAUUCCUUGACAGGGGUUGUGUCUGAAAGAAAUUUUUUCUCUCUUUCAAAUUUAAAGGUCCUUUUCGUAGGUUCACCUGCCUUGAUCUUUGAUUUUGAUCCUGAAUGGGUUCCUCCUUUUCAACUUCAACGGAUUGAAUUGUACUAUGUGAGUGGAAAACUUCCUUCAUGGCUAUUUACACAGAGCGCUCUCACAUUUCUGACCAUUAAAGACUCAAGUGCUUCAUUUGAACCUCUUGACAAGUUUUGGAACUUUUCUACUCAACUUGAAUAUUUGUUUUUGGAAAACAAUACUAUCAACGGGGACAUGUCAAACGUGUUUCUAAACUCAACAACUGUCUGGCUAGUUUCCAAUAAUUUGAGUGGUGGCUUGCCUCAAAUAUCACCAAAUGUGGUCAUUUUGUGUUUAUAUAACCAUUCUUUGUCUGGACCUAUCUCUCCUCUCCUGUGCAACAACAUGACAGAAAAAAAUAACUUAAUGUACUUGGACUUGGGUUAUAAUCAUUUAUCAGGAGAACUCACAGAUUGUUGGAAUGCUUGGAAUUUGUUGGUUCAUAUUGAUGUGAGUUACAACAACCUGACAGGCAAGAUUCCUCACUCAAUGGGAGCCUUGUCUGACCUUUUUGCAUUGUAUCUAGAAAGCAAUAAGUUAUUUGGAGAGGUGCCUUUGGCACUGAAAGGUUGCCAAAAACUUUCAAUCCUUGAUGUGGGUCACAACAAUCUUUCUGGAGCUAUACCAAGCUGGAUGGGUCAGAGUAUGAAAGGUCUUAAACUGAGAUCCAAUCAAUUCAGUGGCAAUAUUCCCACGCAGUUAUGUCAACUUCAUUCUCUAAUGGUGAUGGAUUUUGCAAGUAACAAUUUAUCAGGACCAAUACCCAAUUGCUUGCAUAACUUCACAGCCAUGUUUUCUGAUGAGGCUUCAAGUAAGUUUGGCAUUAUCAUUUAUAUAGCAGGUGCACCAUGGAUCUUCUUUUUUAGUAUUACAAUGCUUAUAAAAGGCAAUGAAUUAGAGUAUUUUAAUUUGAUGAAUCUCAUUGAUCUUUCAAGCAACAAUUUGUCUGGAAGUGUGCCUAUAGAGAUGUAUAUGCUCACUGGACUGCAAUCAUUGAAUUUAUCCCAUAAUCAAUUGGUGGGAACAAUACCAGAAGAGAUUGGAAACUUGAAACGGUUGGAGUCCAUUGAUCUCUCAAACAAUCAUUUCUCAGGAGAAAUUCCUCAGUCCAUGUCUAAUUUGCAUUUUGUUGGUGUCUUGAACCUCUCAUUCAACAAUUUUAUGGGCAAAAUCCCAUCAGGGACCCAACUUGGUUCUACAAACCUUAGUUACAUAGCCAAUCCUGACCUUUGUGGACCACCACUAACAAAGAUAUGCCUUCAAGAUGAAAAACCCCACAGUACGAAACCCUCGGAAGAUGAUGAUGGUGAUGACAAAUCUCAAUUACUUUCAUGCUUCUAUAUGGGCUUGGGAAUUGGAUUUGCAGCGGGAUUUUUGGGAGUUUUGGGAGCCAUUUUCUUCAGCAGAACAUGCAGGCAUGCGUAUUUCAAAUUUCUUCACCAAUUGUAUGUCAUGCUCAUCCAAAAGUAGACUCCUUCUAUUGAAAUCAAGAAUAUUGCAACUGUGAUUUCGGCAAUGCCAUUAUAUAUUACAACAUAAAGAUCCAAUAGAACCUAUUUAAGUUCUCACUUCUCGCCAAGGAGAUAAUGAAAAACUCCAAAAUAGAAUGCGGUGCUAUGAUAAAGAUGUUACGCGGACAGAGUUAUCAGCUGAUCCAGUCAAGAAAAUGGGCAAGGUUGGAUGCCAAUCCACAGUAGUAAUGUGAGCACCGUGAGGAAGGGUUCUCCAACCACUCAAAUGACCUUGAACCUGACACAAGGAAGCCAGCCAGACAUUUUCAGAAAACUAACAAGAUAACCACAAUCAAGCCAAAAUUUAAUGGCUGCCACUAGCCAAACCAAUAUACGAGUAAGUAGACUUGAAAGGGAUGGUCUGAUCACAAUUCAUGGGAGAACUAAAGAAACAUUAACCUGAUAUAUUGGUGCUCUAACCGAACUGGACGUUACCAACAGUCUCCUCCCAUUUGCAUCUAAUGCCAUCUCAUGUCUGCUACAUUUUGAACCAUUGAAGGGAUAACAGAACCUGUGAAAUGUUUAUCAUGCUGACAAUUAAUUCUUCAAACAUAUCUUAAAGCAAGGAUAGAAGAGACGGAGUAUUUGCAUCUCAGUUGUAAGUGACUAGUCCAACCCCACUAAUUUCGAAUGUGUAUAAAUAUUUUUAUAUUAUUAGUAAUACUAAAAAAUUUAAAUAAAAUAUUUACAUUUCUAUCAUUUGAAAUAUUAACUUCAUUCAGUAGUAAGGCAAAUCUAGUUUAUAAAAAGUAAUUUAAGAAACUUGUGAGUUUAAUCAUAAGGUGUCAAACUAUAAAUAUACCUACUGCAGUCUCUUGACCACAGGAUUUGACCUUGAUUCUGCAAACUCCACUCAAAAAUCUGACAAAAGAACCAAUUAGUAUGAAGUGUACAAUACAUUUCACAAGCUGGUAUAACAUUUACAUAAAUAGUCCUUGCCUUCCCAUCAGAGCCCAGGCUAAAAAUGCUAGUCUCAUCUGGCCCAAAAAGAAUAGAGCUGAUAGAUGAAUCAUGUGCAGGCCAGCCAGUGAUUUGUAAACCAGAAGACAUGUCUUUGACUUGUUAAGGAUGACAUGAUUCACUGCUAGUAUUGUAGUACAUUCACAAUAUAUUCUCUU